AGGAGUGCCUCACAGCCGCGCCCACGGGUGCCCACUCCAAGUGCAUGCGGGAGUCGGUGAUGGAGCAGAAGGUCACUUGGCCGGAGAUCCGGACAAUGAUCGAGCGGGUCACCGCGGACGCGGAGGCCAACUCCCUGCGGAUGCUGCGGACCUUCCACGUGACGGUGCUCAAAGGCUCCGGCCACUUCCUGGACAAGUCCAGGAUCCGCUUCUCCGGCGAAGACGGGGAGGUGGAUCUGCCGUUCAACGGCGCCGUGGUGGCCACCGGCAGCCGCGCCAAUCGCCUGCCCAUGGUGCCAGCCAGCCUGCCAGGAGUGUACGAUUCAGACACGCUGUCCGAGAUCGACUACAUCCCAAAGAAGAUGGUGGUGCAGGGCGGAGGCAUUAUAGGCUUGGAGUAUGCCAACAUCUUUGCCAAGAUGGGCACCAAGGUUGUCGUGGUGGAGUUCAUGGACAAGGUGCUGCAGAUGUUGGACGUGGACCUCAAGGACGCGCUGCUCUCCGAGCUGGCGGCGAACAAGGUGGAGCUGAUGCUGAAGACCUCGAUCAAGAGCAUCUCCCAGGGGGUCGGCAGCACCUGUGGGAACCCGGUGCUGCGGGUGAGCCUGGAGACCGGAGAACUGGAUUGCGACUGCUUCUUGUCCGCCACCGGGCGCCAGGGCCACACGGCGAACCUGGGCCUCGAGGCGCUGGGUGUGAAGCUGGGCCGAGGGAAGAUGAUCCAGGUGGACGAGAACCAGUACACCGGCGUGGGGAACAUCUACGCCGUGGGGGACGUGGCGGGGGGCAACUUGGCCACCGUGGGCACGCAGCAGGCGGUGCGCGCCGUAAGGAAAAUGUUCGGCAGCGGGCAGUACAGCUUGAAGGACAAGGAGGCAAAGCCUUACGUGGUGUGGACCAUCCCGGAGGUGGCGUGGGUGGGGCUGAACGAGCAGGAGGCCUCGAGCCGCAACCUGGACUUCGGCGCGGUGCGGGUGGAGUACCAGCGGGCGGUGCGGGGCAUCGUGAGCGGGGAGAAGGGCUUUCUGAAGAUGCUCUUCGACAGACCCAACGGUCGCCUCCUUGGCGUUCACAUCUGCGGGGCGCAGGCGGGGGAGCUCAUCAACUUCGGGGCGGACGCCGUGGAGGCGGGCACCACCAUCUUCGAGAUGCUGCAAUUCGUCUUCCCCGCGGUCACUUACCACGUGCUCUACAACUGCGCCGCUGCGGAGGCCAAGCUGCGCAUCAAGGGCGUGCAGAACUUGUCCGCGGCCGCAAGUUGGGCGAGGGUGAAGAAUGCGAUCACGAAGAGCCUGGGCGCGUCUUUGACCUUCGAGGAGGCGGUUGAGGCAACCUUCCGCGACUUCGCCGGGGCUGAGGGGAACCUCACUGCCAGCCAGCUGCAGGCUUCCAUGCGAAGCAUUGGCCUGCAGCUUUCGGACCAGAACGUCCAGGACAUGAUCCAAGAGGCGGAUCAGCAGGGCCGCGGCUUUGUGGAUUUUACCGACUUCGUGCACAUCUGCCGCAACUCGGGCAUGGGCCUUGUGAAGGCUGCCUGACGGCUGGUCGCGAGGGCGAGACGGCCAAAGAACGCCGAACGCCGCGCGCUUGUGGACGCUUUUCCAGAAGGCUUCUCACAGGGCCAUAUUUUGACAGAAAGACCAGGCGUGCAAUUCCUAGGACGCUCUGCCAGGGUUGUUUUUCGUCUGACCGAUUUUCGAUUCCAGAAAGCUGCGAUGGGCUGACAGCCAAUGGCUGGGAGGCCCAACUAAUUUGCCGCAAAGUGCCAGCGAGGCACUCGGCCGGUUUCACUUAGCUGUCGCAGGACAGCAAUUUCAGCGCCGCCAUGCCUCUUGCGAGAGGAAGGCGCCUACCGAGAGAAUCGCUGGAUGGAUGCACGCAUCGAUCCUUCGCACGAUCACAGAUGUGAUCAUGCCAUUUUUUCCUCGGUGCUUUAGGCUGCGCGCGCGGUUCGGCCGCUCGGCCGAACCGGCCGAACCCGGCCGCGUGACCGAGCGGUUUCUGGCACCCAGGCCGCUCGAACGGAUCUCAGAAAUGCCCACAGCAGCGGUG